CCGGCCUGGUUCGACGAGGCCAAGUUCGGGGUGUUCGUGCACUGGGGCGUGUACUCGGUGCCGGCCUGGGGCAGCGAGUGGUUCUGGUGGCACUGGCAGGGCGAGGGCCAGCUCGGGUACCGGCUCUUCAUGCGCGACAACUACCCGCCCGGCUUCACCUACGGCGACUUCGGGCCGCAGUUCACGGCGCGCUUCUUCAACCCCGACGAGUGGGCCAAGCUCUUCCAGGCCGCGGGGGCCCAGUAUGUGGUCUUUACCACAAAACAUCAUGAAGGCUUCACAAACUGGCCUAGUCCGGUGUCUUGGAACUGGAACUCCAAGGACGUGGGCCCCCAUCGUGAUUUGGUGGGUGAGUUGGGAACAGCUCUUCGGAAGAGGAACAUACGCUAUGGCCUCUACCACUCACUCUUAGAGUGGUUUCAUCCGCUAUACCUACUUGAUAAGAAAAAUGGCUUCAAAACUCAGCAUUUUGUCAGUGCCAAAACAAUGCCAGAGCUGUAUGACCUUGUUAACAGCUACAAGCCUGACCUCAUCUGGUCUGACGGGGAGUGGGAAUGUCCUGAUACUUACUGGAACUCCACCAAUUUUCUUGCUUGGCUGUACAAUGAUAGUCCCAUCAAGGACGAGGUGGUAGUGAAUGACCGGUGGGGAAAGAACUGUUCCUGUCACCACGGAGGGUACUAUAACUGCCAAGACAAAUUUGUGCCUGAGAGCUUGCCCGACCACAAGUGGGAGAUGUGUACCAGCCUGGACAAGUGGUCCUGGGGCUACCGGCGCAACAUGAGGAUGGCCGACAUCUUGAGCGAGUCUGAAAUCAUUGCGGAACUGGUUCAGACGGUAAGUCUGGGAGGCAACUAUCUUCUCAACAUCGGACCUACUAAAGAUGGCCUGAUCGUUCCCAUCUUCCAAGAAAGGCUCCUUGCUAUUGGCAAGUGGCUGCAAGUCAGCGGGGAGGCCAUCUAUGCGAGCAAGCCCUGGAGGGUGCAGCUGGAGAAGAAUGAGACCUCUGUGUGGUAUACUUCAAAAGAUUCAGCUGUUUAUGCCAUUUUUCUGCAGUGGCCAGAACAUGAAGUUUUAUAUCUUAAAUCCCCCAUAGCUACCUCUUCUACAAAGGUAACCAUGCUAGGACUCAGGGGAGAUCUGAAGUGGUCCAAAGAUUCAUAUGAAGGUCUCCGCAUCUCUCUGCCUCAGUUGCCUCCCUCUAUGCUCCCUGUGGAGUUCGCCUGGACUGUGAAGCUGGAGGGAGUGAAGUGAGCCGGAGCUCAGGAGGCGAGGGGCACUGCUCAGGGUGCACUGCCUUGAUUUCCCUCUCCCAGAGCCAGCAUCACAAUAAAGCCACCUUCUUUCCCCACCCAGAGAUGGCCUUUCCACCACACUUUAGCCCAGGAAACUGAGUGCAUUACACUGAUAAUUAAUGGAGCGAACACCUAAGAGCCAUUGCUAGCAUGCCUCUCUGUGCUCAGCAGAAGAAGGGGAACUGAGUUCCUGCACCCUGAUGGUGGGGGCUGGGCAGUCUAGAGUGGAGACUCCGUUCUCUGUUCCGUCACCUGCUUGCCUGUCCGUGACUUUAGAUGAAGAAUGAGCCCGGCCACCCCGUGCUUUUGGGAGGAGUGGAGGGAGUAUGGAACGUAACCACAUGCUUGGUUUGGUAUCAGUUGUCCCAGACCGCUCCCACCAAGGUAAAGGAGCCUGGAAAGUAGGGAAAAGCUUUUCAGGCUGCUACUGCUUUCAGAAGCUUGUAGCACAAACUAAGAGCUCUGAAAUUGAGCAUAUUUACAGUGGAACUGUGAAGACAAUGCCAUCCUACCCUGCCUUUCUAAAUAUGAUCAAAUAAAUCUAUUACAUC